AUGGAUGCGCUGCUUGACGACGAGGCAGCAGGAUCUGCAUACGAGCAGGAGCGCCUGGCCAACAUGAGAGCCAACGCUGAGCUCUUGUCUUCUAUGGGGUUGGCGACGCCGGCAAAAGUGCCUAGAAGGCGAAUCAAGAGGCAGUCUGAGGAGGCAGGACCUUCUACGCCUCGGCGAAUCACAAGGAGCGCGCGCGGGGGUCAGACGGUGCCACCAUCUCCUGCUGAGAGCAUUCCUUCUGCGCAAAAAGCAGCUACGAGAUCCCCCUCGCCCUGGUUCUACUGCGAAGCCUACCCGGACGAAGACUAUGAAUCGAUCCGGCAGGCCAACAUACGCGCAAAUGCUGAGCUCCUUCUCUCGCUCGGUCUCACCGGCCUGGACUCUGGGCGCAAGGAGCUUCUGGAGGAGAGAGUGGCAGGCAGGCAGGAGGAUGCAGAUGAAGUUGAGCAGCAACAGGCUAGUGACGGCUCCUUGCCGCGGGUCACGCCUCUGGCCAGGAAGAUGAGGGAGACGAAAGCUCGACAUCAGGCAGAGAGGGCCGAACUCGUACCGAGGAGGAGUGCGAGAAUUGCCGUCGUCGCUGUUGCUGCGAAGAGCAAGGCCAAGGACAGGCAAGCAAAGAGGAGAAGGGUAGGCGCGACAUCCUCAUUGGCAGAGGAGUGGGUCUCGCAAGUCGAGACUUCCAUCUCUCGCUCUCGUAUGAGGCACAGGGCAAUCUACGUCGAUGGCUUGGCGAGUAUGAGCCCUUCUACGCCGCACCGCAAGAGACGCGGCUCGACGGCUGCAACUACUACCAGCAUCAGCAGUAGCGCGACAGAUUGCCCCUCACUCAGCUCAAGCAUCUCAUUAUCGAGCGCCUCUCCAUCGUCCUACCCAAUGACGCCCUCUUCGUCUCGAGGCACGCCCAGUCGACGAGGAUCAGCAACGUCGUCUGGACACUACAGCUGGACAUCUCCCGGCUCAGCAUCAUCGGCGAGCGCGAUCUCGUCGAGCCCAACUCGCAGCUCAGCCCGUCAGCGUAGACCCCCACCCUACUGGCCAUCGUACGUCGUGCGGGUCAAGAAGGGUGCAGAGGCAGGGACGAUGAGGGACUCUGCCGUCGUCAUCGACGACAAGGACGAAGACGAAGACGACGAGGAAGUGGCUGCCCUCCUCUCCUCCUGCCGGCUGCUUCAACAACUUGACGAGUUGCCACCGCCGUCCGACUCAGCCGCCGACGCCGCCGAGAUGUGGGUCCAGAUGGAUCUACCCGAGGGAACAGGAGAUGGGUCAGAAUGGUGGCGCGAAGGUCGAGGGGAGCAGAGUGCAUGGUGUGGGCGACGCUUUCUCCCUCGUCUCGCAGCCAGAGCGUGA